CGAAAUUGUCAUGUUUCUCUCUUGUUUUGAGCACAGCGAUUCUCGUUCUCAAAGCUUGAUUGUUGCGGCGCCCAAUGUAUCUGAGAGAUACGAAGUGCCAUUGUCGUGCGGUUGGCACUUUCGUCGGUUGGUGUUGCCGCUAACGUAGCUGUCACAGAUAACGACGUCUCGUUGUUGUUCUGCUUCUUUUGUGGAAGAAGGUGGUGCGUGUCGCGUAUUUCGCUAAAUAUUUUACAGAUAAAUGAAUAUGUACUUGAUUGUCGAGAACACUGAAAACUAGUGAAACGAAGUUUGCCAAGUGGAUUAAAAUAAAGGUUUUCAUAAGUUUUAAAAGCACACAAAAUUUCAUUGGCGAAGAUAUAUGUAAUUGUAAAUAUGUGCGUAUGUAGAUACUAAUGCCUAUCGAAUUAAAGGAAUUGCAUAUUUGGAAUAGAAAUGAAAGAGCAACAGAUUAAAUUUAAAGUUAAUUGUCACAUUUCCUUACAGCUAAAGCUUCUUUGAGCCGAUAGUGAUGAUGAUAAUUACAUAUAUGCAUAAAUACAUACAUAAUUUACGAAUAAUGGGCGAAAUGUGAAGUGUUUGCUAUAAAUAUAUAUGUACAUGCAUAAGUAAAUGUGCAUAUGCAAGUUCAAAGUGUAUAGUAGAUUCAUACAAAUAUACAUACAUACGUAUAUGCAAUACCGAAGAGAGUGUAAUGUACGAGUAGAAAAAUGUGAUAAGUAAGUUUUCGCGAAAAAUGCAUGUCUAAAGUAGACGAAAAAACAAAACUUUGGCAGAAUUCUGUACAACUGGCAGACGAAGAGACCGACGAAAAUAAUAACAACUGCGACAACAAAUAAAUAAAAGCAGCGAAAACACUAGCAUACAUAUGUAUGAUACGUUUGUACAACAAAAGUUUUUGGAAUAUCAACCAUAUCAACUAGCCAGCGAGACAGUACGCGGACAGGGGGUAUGGAUAUAGCGACUAGGUCGCCUCAUUUGUUUGUGGUUGUGUUAGCGCUUUAACCCCCUUUGGCGCCCAACUUUAUCUGUGAGCGUGUGUCGAUACUUUCGAGUCGCGACGACAAACAGACGAGACAAAAGUCUGCCUCUGCGUCUCCCAUAUAUGUAUGUAUUUUUAGUGUAUUUUCUAAUCAGAAGAAAAAAGCAACAAAAAAGCUAGUGCAAUAAAAACAACAACGAUAAUGACUGCCGAUGGCGGAAAGCAAAAAGUGAAGCAAAAGAAGAACCGAAGCGAAUGAAAAUCAGACUGAGAGAGAGAGCAAAACACGCGCCAUCCAUGUACGCGACCACCGAUGCCGACGCCUGUCGCCAAUCAAACCAACACACAUACGUAUCACAGCAUCGCAGUCGCAGCUUCGCUCUUUGGGGCUUUUAGACGUCGGUAUUCGUUAUCGUUCUCUCAUUUGGUGAGCUCCACCAAAAUAACAAAAUACAACUGAAGCAAAAGCAAAAAGUGGCAGUGCACAUCGCGCCACAGCGAGCGGGAGAAUUAUUUGUGCGCUCGCAGCGAACACGAGAAAGGGAUACGAAGAGAAGCAGCAGCCGCGAAGCAGUACUAUUGGCAGAAUCCACUUGGAUUUUUGACAUUUCAGCCUCAGAGCGCCACAAUUUGGUCAUCAGUCGAACGGUCAGUCGUAAGGUCGUUUGUUUGGCGCACUGUUCUGCAUGCGCACGAUAUCUAGAUAAAAGCAGUACAACAAACGCAUAGCAGAUAAACAUAAAUACAUACAUAUAAGUGGAUUUAGGGAGAUGCGUCUAUUAGUCCAAUGGCAAAAGUGCCAAACCACAUUCAUACAUACAUACAUCCACACAUCCAUACAUACAUACAUAUAUGCAGAUGUGCAGUGAUUGUAAAUAUUCAGUGCAAAAGUGUGUAAAAAAUAUCUUCCAAAAGUUUUCAAAAAUCACUAAAGAAUUGUGAGUGUUUCAAAAGGCGAUAGCAACCCAGUGAUAAAUAGAGAAAUUUGCAAUUGCGGCUUGGCUAGCGAUCAUACUCUGAGUAAUCAGAAACACACUCAAAAUACCAUGUAUGUACAUAUGUACAUAAAUACAUAUAAAAUUAUGUGAAUUAGCCACUAAAAGCAACCAAGGAGGGAAAGAAGUAUAAAAUCAAAAUAAAAACAUGAGAAUUAACGAAAUUUUUCUACUUCUUACUGUGCCUGAGAGUUUAAAAAUAACCUCACAGUUUUUUAAAUUCUUUGUUUUUAUUUGUUGUCAGUGCGCUGUUUCUGAAAUUCCGUCGCUGCCAAAACCGGGCUGUGUGCGAAGUGCUGCGCAAAGCAAAUAAAACGAAACUAGCAAAUAACAGCAACACAGGGGCGGGAGAAGGCUUGACGUAGCUGUGAAGAAGCCUUCGCGUUGUGUGUCGCUGUCGCUGUGUUUGAAAAAGCUCGAGUGUGAAAUGCCGACGGAUUUGUAUGCGAAAAUAAUUGAAGCUGCGAUGAAAUAGAAAUAAUGCAAGAGUAGAAUACAUAGUUUUAUAAUUCAUCGUAAGCGCACUAUAACGGCACCAAAAUAAUAUCAAAAAUGAAAAAUAAUUUAUUAAUAAUUAGUUAAUAAAAUGUGUCAAAAAUAAAAAAGUGCCAAAGUGUUGAGAAAGUUUAUAUUAAUUUUCCUGGUGGAAAAGUGUGAGUUCCGCUGUAAAGUUUCAGCUGGUAUUUAGUCGCAUUAGUAAUUCUACAUUAAAAUAUAUUGCAAUCAAUUAUGACAAAUGUAACCAUACCGGUUCACAGCCAAACACUGCUGUGAGUGCGCGAAGCUACAAUUGAAGAAAAGUCCGUAAUCCAUUUAAACUAACACCGCAUUUGGAUAUAACGAAGAAAUCUAGCCCUUCCAUCACCUCUGGGCAGGGACUAGGGAGAGGCUCUAAAAGAUCACUGGGAAAAAGAUGACUGAGUACGUUACGCCAAAUAUACACACAGUGCUCAAAAAGUAUCAGACAAGUGCACCAAAAAGUUUACAGGGGCCUGGUCAUGCGCUAACCGCCGCCGCCGGCUGCCCUACCGGCCCUAAUUGCCCACUCGAUGCCAGUGCAUUUGCUGGUGCAAGUGGCAGCGGCGGUAGCAACGCUGACCUAAACAUCGCUGGUGUGCGCAACCUUUGCGGCGCGCAUCUCUCGUUGGGUAAUCUACCAUCCAAUACUACGACAAGUGGUAACCAUAAGCUAUCGCCCCACUGCCCUCAUAUUGCGUCUUCAUCAUCAGCCUGCUCAAGCUCACCGAAUUCGGGCACUGGUUUGCCACCGGCUGCAGCGUUAAUCAAAAAAGAGGUUCUCAGUUCACCCGAGCCACAUGAACUGGGCGACAUAUUACCGCCACAAACGCUGCCGCUACCGUUGUCGAUGUCGUCACAAGUAACACAAUCCCAAUCACAAACAGCUUCUACUCAGUCAUCCAUCACGACAGUUAAGAUCAUACCACCGCCACCGCCAGAAUUGUCACAACCCAUCUUUACCGCACCAGACUCGGGCUCGGGUGUGUUAUAUGAAACGCGGCUUGAAGGCAAGACGAUUGGCUGUUUCUCACUAGGUGGCGAGAUGCGUUUAUGUUUGCCGCAGUUUCUUAAUAAUGUACUUGCCGAUUUUACGCUCGACCAAAUCAACCGAAUAUUUGACGAAUUGGGAAUUUACUGUUCACAAUGUACGCCCGAUCAACUGUCGGAAUUUAAAACAGCCAAGAUAUUGCCGCCAGACGUGAAAGCGUCCGGUCUGAUAACACGCACCGAUGCGGAGCGUUUGUGUGCAGCUCUAUUGCAUCGAAUCGACAGAAAUAGUUACAUCAGUGAUGAGGACAUACCGAAAGGUGCCAUCUCAUUCAAAGUAUACCAUCGCUGUUUCGGCAAAUGCGACGGUAUUUGUACUCCCGAUUUGUACUCAUACACCAAGCCAACUUGCAUAAUGUGUCUGGAGUGCAAAGGCUGGUUUUCACCGCAGAAGUUUGUUGGCCAUGUACAUAGGGAAGUGGAAAAUCGCACAUGCCAUUGGGGGUUUGAUUCGCGCAAUUGGCAUGACUACCUGCAUGUGGCGCUGGAUGUGGAGAAUCGCGAGAAAUACCAGAAGAUACUCGAUGAGUUGAAGGAGGUCGAGAUCAAGGAAGCCCUCAAGGCACAAAACGAAAUGCUUUACAUGAAACGAAAGCACGCAUUGCAUGUGGAUGACGAAAUACUAGCUCCUCCUCAGAUGGGUCAUUCACUGCCCGGCAUGGCAUUGCCACCGCACCAGCAGGCGUCUGGUCUGAGCGAUAAGCAGCGCAGUGAUAUGCUUGCCAUUCCAGCGAAGAAAUCGAAAGGUUUCGAUGAGGCAGCAGCCUAUCAGCUCGAUUAUCAACACUACCAAUCGCUUAUGUAUGCGCAUUGUGCACAACAACAACGGGUCGGCUCGAUGUCUGCGUUUAGGCCAUGGGCACCGAAAUCCUUCCUACAUUCUCCAGCCACCUACAAUGCGGUAGCAGCGUUCUCCACACUACCCUAUCUAAGUCAAGAGCCACCAGUGUUGCAAAAUCCGGAGAGAGUAGUGCGCAGCACGGAUCGAGAACGUUUCGAACGCACCUACCAGCCAAAUGUAGCUCUAGUACCACGAAAAUGUGUUCUAGCCAAGGAAAGAGAAAAGGAGCAACGCGAAAGGGAUCGGGAGCGCAUUGAGCGGGAACGGGAGCGAGAGCAGGAGAGGAAAUUGGAACAUUCGAGAGAACGGGAAAAACAAGAACUGGAAGAGCAGGAGCGGGAGCGAAAAGAACGAGAAAUGCAGGAGCAUCGGCGACAACAAAUGUUGCAACAACAGAAUAUACAUCAGAAACAACCAUCAUCAGCACAAACUGUACAGGAACAAAUGAGUCUAUCAAGCCUUUGCCCGACAGAGCUAAAAAUAAAACAAGAACGUGCCAAUACUCCGACCGACAUACCCCAAUCACCACCGCUUACCAAUAUGAGUGGCGAUGACGAGGAUGCCCCUCGUGACCAUAAUGGCUCGGCAAUACCAAUGGUAUCGCCCAUAGCGGUUGCAAUGGGCCAACAACAAAGAAAACUGCUUAACAAUAAUAACGGCAGCAACAAUAGCAGUUGUCACAGCGAAGGCCUCACUAUACAGCAGCAACAACUUCAAGAGCAGCAGUCACGAAGACUCGCUCUCUAUAACUCAAACUCUUUCGCCUGCUCCUCUUCGUCGACGACACCAACAACACCCCCACAGCAACAACUAUUGCAUGCGCACUUGCCUCCGCCAAAACAGUACCAGCAAGAGCAAAGGCAUGGCCAUCAGUUGUCACAACAACAACAACAACAACAACAACAACAGCUGAUACACCUGAGACAAUCUCCCCGUACGUUUCCUCCAUCACCCACGGAAACUCACAGCUCGGAGGAAUUUUCAGGCUCGAACGAAAUCACAUCAUCCACAUCACCUGCCCCCUGCAACAAAACUAAGACCACCAGCCGUGAUCCUGGUCUACGCGACGCUCACACUCAGGAGUCUAGCCGAGAUCAACAGUGUCAGCCUCUGAUUGCAACUGUUAACCAGCAUGCCAAGCUUCUUCCCACGCCGAUAACAGCAAGUUUUACUGCCAACAGCAAUAGCAACAACCACAACGAAUUGCCAAGCCGAAUUCGGAUUAGCAAAAACUUAAUCAACCGAUCAAAUAUAAUUAGAUCACCAACACCUCCGCCAUCACUACCUCCUUCAUCAGCAUUAGCUCAACUCCAUCCGCUUCAAGAACAACAACACCUUCAGCCACAACAACAGCUACAGCAGCACCAACCUCAGUUGCAAGUGUUGCAAAAUCAUCACCAACAGUAUGAGUUUUAUAAACAAAAUCAGCGGCUUUUUGAUCAACAAUUUCAACAACAGCAACAACAACAACAACAACCUCUAUCAUCGAUGCAACACAAACAAUUUGUAAUGCACUCCCAUCACCAAUCACACCAAGCCAAGCAUUCACCCUCACAGUCUUCCACCGUAACCGGGCUGAAUUUGAGCACGCAUGCCACGAAAGGUAUAACACAGUUGAUGACGAGAGAUGCACAAAAACAACAAGGAGGACAGCAAACACGACCAUACAACGGUAUACCGUACAUUGGCACCGAAUUCGAGCUGUCCACAGACACUGACGAUGAUAGUGUGAACGGGGAGGCAGAUAGCAGUCAUAUUGCAUCGGCCUGGGAUACGGCGAUUGAAGCACUGCGCGACACAAGACCCAAAGAGCGAGAGCGAGUACUCGAUCUACUCCGAAAGGUGUUACAUGAAAAUCAAGAUAUGCGUUACAGCAAUCUUCAACUCAGUGAAAUGGUACAAAAGCGAGAUGCAGUGAUCAGAGAACUCCGAGAGCAGCUUCAAACCUGUCGACGUCAUUUGCAGAUGCUGAGUUUACGUCAAGAGUUGCCCGCCCAAACAAAUGGUUUGGACAUCAGUGAUGGUUUUAAGGAUGAAGAAUCACGAGGUUUGUUACUAAAGCGAUCGCUAUCAAAUACGAAAUGUGCAGAUUCAGAGCACAACAGUGUAGCCAAAGAUGUUGGAGCUGAUGAUGAACACCGUUAUAAUUCAUCAACGCCAAUGGCUAGUCCAGCCGAGUUGACUGGGGAGAAGAAGGACAAGCUGUCGACAAACGAUCAGCUGAGCGAUAGUGAGGAUGGAAGGGACCUUUCCUGCAAUAGUAAGGAAUCUGAGUAUGACAGCGAUAACGGUAGUGAUAAGGAAAGUGAACAUGCUGCUGAUUCUAUUAAUGUGAAUAAUGAUCUCAGAAGCAGUGACGAUCUCCCAUUGGAGAAUGUGAAUGACUUAAAAGACGUCGAUAUAAGUGAGCAGCCGCAAGCGAAGCGUUCUAGACUCGAAAGCGGCAGCGAAAGCAAUUGCAGCUCAAACGAGGAGUAUUCGACAGUUAAGCAUACAACGAACCAAUCAGACGAACAGGCUUCACGCAUAUCUAAGCAAGAUGACGACAACUCUUACGGUUCGGAAGAUGAUGAAACGCCAACGGCCAAUACAAUAUCAGAGUUUGCCGAGUACUCGAAUACCAAAAAUGAUCGUUAUACACAAAUAACCAACACCGAUGACCACGGUGACGACGAAGAAGAGGAAGAAGCGACUCGAUCUUCCGCUGCCAAUGGUAGCGAUAGCAACACGAACGCAUCAGAAGACGAAGAUAACGACAGUGGCCGGCCCUUAACACACCCCCUGGAGGCGGAGACAGACGUGCAAGCGCCACAUAGCAGCUCAUUGAGCACCGUACCCACGGCGACUACCCCAUUAUCACCGCAUUCUGCCGCAACUGCUGGACAGUUGUUCGACAGCAGCAAUAGCAGUGAUGAAUCGUCAAUGAAAAAAGCGCAAAUGUCAGCAUCCAACGCUCUCGCCAAAAUCACCGAAAUCACCGAAACUGCGGAUGAUGGCGAUGAUGGCAACGUAGAAGCAAAUCAAAUCAAAGAGUUGUGGAGAACAAAGGGAAAGACGCAGUGCAAAGUUGAAGAAGUUGAAAAGCAGAAUCGGGAUCGCAGCGGUGGGAAGUCGGAAAUUAGUAGUUUGGGUGGUAAUGCGAAAGCAAGUCGCUUCAACAUCAAUAAGGAACAAUAUAGUUCGCGCAGCGGACGAUAUCCUACCAAUUCGAAUACGUUGUCAACGAACACACAUGAGAAUCAACAAACCGGCGAAUUUAACGAAAACAAAUUCGAUCUCAGUGUUAAAGUGAAUAAUAACGACGUCUUGGGUAAGGAACCUCUGGCACCGCGCGCACCUCUUCCAACAAAGGCCAGCAAAAAGCAAACUCCAACACCAAACACUGAGGUACGGAUCAAAAAGGAAAUAAUUUAACCGCUUCUAAGCAAAACACGAUAAACCCGACACUCUCACGGUCUCUCGUAGACCAUGGGGCGGAAUGAACCGGCCAUGUCGCCAGGAUAAGCGGCCGCCCUUCUAAUCAUGCCUACGUACAAAUGCUUAUGUGCUCAUGUCUCUCAGAUACGACAUGGACUCAUGAUGCUCUUCUACUCAAGCGAACGUUACAGUUUAAUAAUUGCACAUGCACACAUACAUUCAUAAAUGUAUUCAAAUCAUAGUUGCGCAAAAUGCAAACAUUUUUCAAUACUUAAAAGGAAUUAAAAAUUUCAAAAUCAAAUGCAGAUGAAAGUUUCAAUGAAUAAAGCUUGAUGAAUCGAGUGCAGAAAAUUAUUAUGCCAGAGCAGAAUGCGCUGACGAAAUACUACUUUCGGUUUUAAAAUAUGCACAAUAAUUUUAUUUUCAAUUAAUUUUUAUGUUUUACUUUUAGUUAUUGCAUUGAAAUCGUUAUCGGCAUCCAAUGUUGCAAAGUAUUGUAUAAUUACCAGUAAAAUGCAAACGCCUUAAAUUAUUAGUGCAUUUUUAACAAAUUUGUUUCGAAUGUGCAUAUGUAUGCUCGUACGUUGCUAUUAAGCCAAUCUAUACACCUUUCUGCUAUGUCCGUGCUGCGAGGCUUUUAAAGCUUGCACAUUACACCCACAUUAAUAAGUAUUUUAAUAGAUUUUUACUGUCUUAAGCUAAUCUAUAAUUUUAACGGAGAAAAUAUUGUAAUAACUGUAAAAAAGUUUUGUACAUACUAAAAUAUGUAUGUAUUCUCUGAAUACAAAGUGAACAAAGCACAGCCAUUUAUUUGCUUAAUUUUAUAUGGUUGGAAAUUACACACACACACACACACACACACUCGCAUUAACAGUUGUAUAUUUAUUAAACCAAAGGACGAAGCAAACUGAAAAAAUAUAUGUACAUGUUAGAGGCACUUUUUGAGUGACGAGGCGCAGCCAGGUAUUAUGUUCACACAGGCUGCAGUUUCAACAAUUUUGACAGCUUUAAGUCUUAGUUGUGUCGCCGGCUGCCGCGAUAGCCAAGUGUUUAGCCUUGCCUACUGCCAUUCGGAAACGAACGAGUUCUGGUUCGACCAAUCCAACAUUAAUUUUUCUAAAUUUGUUUUUGCGGAGUGGUGACUCCUCAUCAGACUUCUUAUGGCAGGGAUCGAACUAACGGAUCCUGACUUAACAGGCGAGUGUUAGUGAGUUGUGUUUCAGGCGUUGAUUGACUGAAAAAUGAAUAGGGAGAAAUAAGUAUCAGGUUCAACUUAUAUAAUCAUAAUUUGUUUUUGCUAAUUUUUCUAAUUGCGGUCGCCUCUCGGCAGGA